AUGAGCACUACAGACAGGCAGCAAUUGCUGUCUGUGCGGGUAUCGCCAUCAGAAUUCUUGUUGCAGUUCCUGUGGGUUGUCUACGCUCCCAGAAUUGAAAGUGGUGCUAAUUGGCGACUGCUCCUGCAGAUAAUCACGGUCAAGGUAUCACUAUGGGCCCUCGGCUUCUUCAUCAACUUCGAUAGCGUGACAUGGGAUGACAAACUGGUGGGUGGGAUGGAUUUCCUGGCGAAUUCCGUCCUGCAGGUCCCGUUCUUCCUCAUGAGCUUGAUGCGGUAUAUCACACCGACUUUGGACCGCAUGUUCAUGGACUCGUUGCAAUGGGUCGACCAGACAUACUACGCAAAGCACAAGUCAGAGGAUCCGAAGACGCUCCGCGCGACAUACUUUGCAGAACUGCGGAUGUAUUCAGCACAUGGCGAUACGAGCAAGCACAGAGCUCCAAUGGACGCGGCUUUGGCUUUUCUCAUUCGGUUCGGCCGAAGAGCUGGCAUAUCACUAGCUAUUUAUGCGCUGUCAUAUCUGCCCAUCGUUGGACGAUUUGUUCUUCCAGCGGCCAGCUUCUAUACCUUCAACAAUGCCGUGGGGCCCAUUCCAGCUACUAUCAUAUUCGGCAGCGGCAUCUUCCUGCCUAGAAGAUAUCUCAUCGUGUUCUUGCAGAGCUACUUCUCGUCAAGAAGUUUGAUGAGAGAAUUGCUCGAACCCUACUUUUCCCGAAUUCGGUUCACGAAGGAGCAAAAGAAGCAUUGGUUCCACGACCGCGAGGGCGUGCUAUUCGGAUUCGGUGUUGGCUUCUACAUCUUCCUCAAGAUACCGCUCCUAGGUGUCUUGAUCUACGGCAUUGCAGAAGCAUCGACAGCAUAUCUGAUCACGAAGAUCACGGACCCUCCACCAUCUCCGGCGUAUAGCGACAAAUUCGCUGAAAGCCAGGUCAAGUGGAAGAAUAAGCAGAAAUUUCUGGAGCUUCCGUUGCACAAUCUGGAUGCGAACAACGCUGAUACGGUAGGGAAGGAACCGAUCGAGGCCUUUGAUUCUCCUGGCAAGAAAUUUUCCUAG